AUGCAAAGCUUGCCACUGGGAUAUCUGAACCAACUCGAGCAGAGGUUAACAGAAACUGAGUCCGCACUAUACGGGGCUCUUGCAGCCCUCCGAUCUAUGGAAUCAACAGCUGUACCAGUCUCGACAAAAGCCGACACAGCGCCAAAACACAAAGCAGCGCGCAUGGAAGAAUGGUCUCAACUCCCACUUCGAGAGUGGUCGGACGUGGAACGAUGGAUGACGGUGAUGUCGGACCGAUUCAGCAUCAAGCAGCCAAGAGAGAUGAUCCCCGAGACAUCAAGGGGCAGUUACGCAAUACCGAUGACUCCUACUCAUGAUGAAACACGCACUUUAGGGGUAUCUGAUGAGCCGCAUUCGAGGACUAUCCCGUCUGCAUGGCCACCUGGGGGCAGCAGGUUCAAUACAGGGAGUCCGUAUGGUUCUAAUCAGCUACGCCCCGGGAUGAUGGCUUCCCCGGCUUAUUAUGGGCAGGUCGCGGUUGAGUCGGAGGUCCUGCCGUCUCCCCCGGCUGGAAGUUCCCGACAUGAAGUGGAUGAUGCUGUCGGUGUUUCUGUUGUGGAUCAUGCAAAUGCAGGAGCUGGUGUGGAUUCAGGAUCGACAAUGGCUGAAGAGCUGUCACACAAGAAUCCGAAUUUGUAUUUCUAA